AUGAUCCGUGAUGAUUUUCUUGCACCCCGGAUCAGCACCCAGGUGGUGCCCAUUGUGGCUCUCUUCUGCUGGGGCGAUCGUCGACUCUGCACGGUGCUCUUUGCGCUGAGUUCCUUGACCGACUUCUUAGAUGGAUACCUGGCAAGGCGCUGGGAGGUGACGUCGCCCUUUGGGAAGUUUUUGGACCCGGUGGCGGACAAGCUCUUAGCCUGCUCUGUCUUGGUCUUGCUGCCCACCGCGUCCGGAUCGGCCUUCGCGCCGGGUCUGCUGGCAGUGCCGGCGGUGCUGAUCAUCCUCCGAGAGAUCUUUGUGAGCGCGCUGCGGGAAUGGACGGCCAUGGCAGGUGGAGCGAGCAUCAGAUUGAAACACUGA